AUGUCGAACUCACCCGGGCAUUGGGGUUCGGCUCUUCCCGUGCGGUCGAAAAACUUGAUAAUGGAAACAUCCAUGUCGAAUUUACCCGGGCAUUGGGGUUCGGCUCGUCCCGUGCGGUCGAAGAGCUUGAUAAUGGAAACAUCCCAGGAAAUUGUCGAGUCAUCUCGGCCGAACGAGGAUGCUAUCGAGCAGUUCUUUGACCUGGAGGCCGCCUCCCUGCCGCAGACCGACCAGGACUAUUCCAGCAGCGAAGCCAUCCCCGGGUUCGAGCCGAUCGGGGGGCACAAGGUAGACCAGCACGUGGCUUCGUUGAACGAAGCGCUCCAGCAUGAGAACGGGACCGGUGGAAACGGUCCGUGGGUCCAUCCCUGGAGUGAGAAUUCCUGGAUGGGCACUGUUCGCGCGACGUUGCCAGAUCAAAGAAUCGGCACACCAAGGGUCGCGCAGCCGGUGGCCAAGGUGGAUUUACAAUAA